UUUUCAUUUCCUUCUGACAGUUCCAGCCUUGUAAGUGCAACUAAAGUUGAGAAAAAGGGAAAAUGGCAGUGACAGGUUCGAAUUCUGAGCAGCCACAGUUCAUUGCCAGCGCUGGAAAUCGAAGCUUUUCAUCUAAUGCCCCACUGAUUGAGAACUCUGAUGCUCGGAUUGUUGUUCCAGAUAACAAGUUUUUUGGUGAUCAACCUGGCAUUGAUGUACUGACGAAGAAGCAAAAUGCAUUGCUUGGAGUGGCUACAAAUGAUGAUGGAAAGCAAGUGGUGGAAGAUGCUAGAUAUCCACCAUGGGUGCAAUGUUUCCUGAAAUCUCAUUAUCUGGAUAAAUAUGAUAUUUGCGGAAGUCAACAGUAUCGAAUAUUUGGCACUAGAUUGGUGGUUAUUAGGAUAGAUACUCAUUGUCUUGUAUGUUGA